CUUUUUUUUUCCAACAAACCAAACGGCCCCUUAAAAUGAAAAGCAAGAAAAGAAAAGCAAACUGAAAUUUCUCAUUCUCUCUCUCUUCAUUACAAACUCACCCAAAUGGCCAAAUAUAGUAAAUCAAAACCCUAAUCAAAUUCUUUAAUUACAGGGAAAUUCAAUUAAAAGUUGUGUACAGAUACUGUGAGAGAUGAUAAUAAGCAAAGAAAAGAAACCAGAACCACUUGAUUUCUUCAUUUGGACUAUUGAGGAUGUUGGUCUAUGGUUAGAAGAAAUAAAUCUUGGCAGCUAUCGACAAAUAUUCAAAGAAAAUGGUGUUAAUGGAGAGUAUUUGGAGGGGAUGUCUAUGUUCACGACUGAACAGAUUCUUCGGUUUAUAAGAAGGUGCCACAUGAAAUGGGGAGACUUCAUAACGUUGUGCAAGGAGCUGAGGCGGAUAAAAGUGGCUUGCUUGAAGGGAGAGCAAAAAUUCCGGCGACCAUGGUGGGCCCCGUCUUGUAUCUCCGUAGUGUUUAUGAAGACGGCCAAGCGUAACAGGCAGUGCAGAGUGGUUUCACUGAAGCUGGAACCUUGAAACUGAUAAUGCCAAUCUGUGUGUGUUAGUUAAUAUAUCCAGCGGAGAAGUGGAAAAUGGCUUCCCUCUGCUUAUUUCCCUCGUAGUAAUUUUUUUGCCCCCUUAUGCUCAAGCAUUUUAUGUAUACGUAACUUUGUAGUCUGCUUUUGCGCUUUGUUUUUAGUAGUUGUGGUGUUUAUAAUUUCAAAUGAAGAAAAGAGAUGACACUUAUGUAAAUUUAGUGUGUAAUGUGUUAAUAGUUUCCAAACAUCCAUUCUACUUUUAGUGCUAGCAAUGACCUGCCUGCAGAUUGAAUGUAUGUGAACUCCUGCUAUUACAUGUUUGUUUCUCUC